UUUGGUCCGUUACUUUUUUCAUGUUUCAUGAAACUUUCUGAUUGUACUUCUUUUGCAAUCGGGUGUAAUUGCUGUGUUAAAUUGAAUUGAACACAUAAUUAUUAGGUAGUAUUCUUAGAUAGUGUCGUCUCGCUUAGGGAGAAGUGUGCUAGUGUGUGUCAUAAGAAUCAAUGGGGAGGGGAAGUGUGUUCCUUCCCCACAAGUGUGACCAUCAUGGAUUUUGAAGUUUUCCAUGUAAAAGCUUUUUUUAAUGAUCUAGGACGUUUCCUAACGUGAUUAAUCAUUUUAUUAGAACAAUAAACUGACUGUACAUUUUUGGAGUUGAAAGCCCAACCUUACAAUGUCAGGUGAAGCAAGUAAGAUUCGUCAAGCGCUGGUGGACAAAAAUUCGGUUGCUAUCAAACACUCCAAAAAGAAGAAAUUGGAAGUUACCUAUUCUCUGUCAGACUCUGGAGAUAUAUUUGAAGAGAAAAAGUCCUCUCAGUGUAAACGCAGGCCAAUAAUCCGGCCCCAAGAAAAUUGUAAUGUUCGCACCAAUCACAUAAUUACGCAUAAAUCUUCAACAAAUAAAAAUGAUGCUUUUCCAAGUCGUCUUCCAACUCUCUGUCGAUCAAAAUCUGUUGCUGAGAUCAAAUUGAAAGCAGCAAGCAACAAAAGCAAAAUGGAUCAGAGUCCAGCCACUGCGUAUGCAGCAAGAAGAACUCCUCUUCCUUUCCGGAGCUUUCCAAAAAUACCAAGAACACCAGUGAAUGCUCCCAGUAUCCCUGGAGCUCCAAAAUUUGAUCAUAAAGUUAAUUGCAAAAUUCCGAUUCUGCAACGUUCGAAAUCUUGCGUAUCUAUGAGAAGAUCUGUCUUCACAAGUACUCCACUGAAAGAUUCAUCUGGCUCAUUAAUCCUUGGUCUCUCACCUAUUGUACCACAAAACGCUCCACAACCUCCUGUUAUAAUUCCCUCUCAAGAGCUCAAACGUACAACUGCAGAGCGCAUAGCUCGAGUGGACUCAAAUCUACCAUUGAAAUCAUCGGUGAAGAAAUAUCCAUCUCUUCUACCAGAUGAAUCUGUGAUUCCAGAGCCUGCAGCCGACAUCAAACAUACCACUUUUGUUAAAACAACAGGAAACUUUGUUUCAAAACAGACUGUUCAGUCAACAUCAAAAGAACAAGCUGCAACUUCCACUGUAACACUGAAAACUGUAAAACCAUCAAGGGCACGGAUUACAAAAUCUAAGACUUCCAGCUUUAAUUCUUUACAGAGCUCUGACGAGAACAAUCGCAAUGAAACUGUAAUCUUUGUUGGAGACAAAAAUAUCAUCGCCAAUGAAAACAUACUGAAACCAGCAUCAGUUGUCCCGCAACAAAAAUCCAUCGCAAAAAAAACUGAUGAAACCAUCAACCUCAGUUUGGAUAUGCAGCUUAGGAAUGGUACAACCAACAAGAGCCUGCCACUGAUAUCUAACAAUGAGAAUGUUGCUGCAAGUUCUAGCCAAGGUGAAUCAUCUAAAGUCAAGGUAACAAUGGAAACAAAAAGAGGAAAGAAAAAAGAUAAGAGUCAAACUGGAAAAACCAAUGAACCACCAAAAGAGGCACUGUCUGAGAUUAUCAGUCAGUCUGUUCGGCAAGAACCAGAAGGGAAUCAAAUAGGUGGUGUUUCAAAGCCAAGAAGAAGACAGAAAAAGGAUGAAACUAUUCAAGGUCCAGUCCAAAGCAUGAAAAAUCCAGAAAAUGUCAAGAUCAGGUCUUCACGUAGAAAAAAUGGAAAAAACACUGUACAGGUCGAUUGCGCAAUAGAUAUGGAUAUCGUAAAAAAAGAAGCAGAACACAAAUUGGAAGCCUUGUCUCCCUCCACUGCUGAAAAUGUCUCCAAUGCUCAUGAAGCUGGAGCUUCUAGUGAAACUGCUGACUCAAAAUUGCUGGCAAACGUCACUACGAGGAGAAGGAAGACUACAGAGCCGGCAAAUGAGGUACCAGCUAAACGUCCUCGGAGUGAGUUGGUAGGUCAAGCUGAAAAAGAUACAAAGAAGUCCAAAGAAAGAAAAUCAAGCCGUGUUGCUGGAAAACUGGUAGCAAGACGUACCAGAAGAAAAGUAGAAAAUCAGCCCAUGGAAGAAAGUUCCAAAGAGAAUGAUGUCUUGAAAGACGCAGAAACAAAAGAUGUUGAUGGGAUGUGUGUCAUAGCUUUCUCUGAGAGAGGACAAAACAUGGAAACAACCAGCAAUUCUGAAAGACCUAGAACUCGAGCUGCAAGGAGCAAGAGAGGAGAACCUGCUCCAUCAAAUGACCAAACAGAAGUGAAUAAUGAUCUCACACGAAAUACUAGAUCAAGGGUCGUGUUUGAAGCAGAGAUUUCAGAGCAACAUCAUGCCAAGUCUAAGAAAAGAAAUCUAGCAAGGAACCUCACUCCGAAUGAAGACUGUCUCCCUAGUUCAACUUCCGUUUUAGAUAGACCAAAAACCAAAACACGGCCGUCACGCUGUGAUGCAGACAGUGCAGAAGUUGGAAACAGUAAUCGUUCCCGGAGAGCUGCCACAAAUCUUAUUUUAACAAAUGAAAUGAAAUUGUCUGAAGUCAAGACAUUUUGGAACCAAAAAGUAUGUUAUCAUAUUCAUAACACACGCAGUGAAGAUCCCUCACAUAAGUAUGCCUCGUUGGCGCUAUUUCAGCAUGAGGACAGUAAAAUUCAAUGCGGUGUAUUAGAGAUUCCCCCUCAAAAUUACAAGCCAGAGCAAAAACACCGCCGUGAUCUAAUGUUAACCGUCUUGGAUGGGACUUGUGAUGUCAUAGUUAAUGGAAAACAUCAAAAAUUGGAUUUUGGUUCCGUCAUGGUACUUCCCAAAGGUUCGCUGUAUGGGAUCAAAAAUAUCGGCUUGAAAACUUGUAAAAUACUGUUUACGAUGAUGCCUGCCUUAGUACCUAAUUUAUCUAGUACUUAGUCACCUAUUUUGUGCCAGAUUUUGGAGUUUGAGAAGUCUCAGAAAACCGAAAAUGAAGAAAUUAUGGAAACCCUACUGUCAGUGGUUACAUUUUAUCCUGUUUUUCUAUCGUUUUGGGUGGUUGCAAACUUAAUGAUAUUAUUUCAUUCCUAAAGUACCCUUCUAAAUCCUUGAUGAGAUCAGUCGGUAGUUUAUGGAUUCGUAACAAACGGUUAUGUGCCUAAUUUUUUACUUUUAAUUGUUGUCAGGUUUGUUGUAUGGGAUGAAAAAUAUCGGCUUGAAAACUUGUAAAAUACUGUUUACAAUGAUGCCUGCCUUAGUACUUAAUUUAUCUAGUGCUUAGUUACCUAUUUCCAUUGGUCAAUUCCCGUAGAUUUCCGUACACGGCCGAUUUUUUUCAUUACGGUUUUAAAUUUAUUUUUUUACAUAUUAUUGUUCACACUUGUCCUUAUAGUAUGUAUAUUUCUCAUUUUUAAAAAGUCAGAUUUUAUGAUGUGAGUUGUUAAAAUUUUGUGAGAGUGUGUACACAAUUUUAAAUAGGAAGACAAAAAUGUUUGUCCUCUCUAUCACAGAAAAACUAUGUAUUAUGAGCAAUGCCUGUUUCAAAAAAGAGUGCAUUUCCUGUCAUUUAUACUCUCUAUUUGGCUUAAAACAUGUAUUUUCCAAAAACAGCCAAACAGUAUUUUGAUGUAAAUUAUGAUGUUUUUACAAUUCGUUUUAAUACCUGUGAUAAGUAUAUUUUUUUGCUUGAAUACUCUUUUUAACAAUUAAAAGUCUAUGGUCAAGUGAUUA